UGCAGUAUAGGAAAAUUAUUGUGUCUGUUCUGAUUACUAAAUUCCACUGUAACAGUAGUUUAAAAAACCGUAUCUAAAUGUUCAGGUGCCCAAUUCAUGGCCAAUCCCCCGGAGUGGGUACGAGCCAUGUGCUGAGGAUAUCAUCAUCACCAUCAUCACCCGGCCGCACCGAUCGGUUUUUGGGUGUGAGUCGAAACGAAGUUGACGACAACGAAGCCUCUUCGAUCAACCAAGGACGGCGAAAGCGCAACUCGGGACCCGAUACAGCCAGGUCGAAGAUCUGUGCCCCAGAGCGACGUACUGCCCAUUCAUGGAUAUGCUUGCUCGGGGAAACUUCAACUUGGCCAAGGUAACCCUGAGGACUCCGCUCGAACCCCAGUCCGUCGAGAACUUCGGUGUGCCUCAAGCUUUGUUGGAGCAGGUCGACGUAGACAAGAGCGCACCCAUGGUACGAUUGGCCGAGAAGAGCUUCCGAGAGAACUCCCAGCUCGUCCAGGGGUUCAAGGAUUUCUUUGACAUCCACUACCUCGACCCGGGCCUCAAACCCUCGGAGGCUGAAGGCUGCACCCGAGUAGCCAUCGCCUCACCUCGUUCGCACGGCUCCCUCGUCGACCGGAGGAUCGUCGAUGACUCGACCGCCAUCAAGACCCAUGCCAUGACGCGUACGAGGCUGACGUUUGAUGCCGGUUCCAUCAGUGACGCGAACGACGAGCAGAGCAUGCGCUGGAUAUUCUUCGGCAAGAUUUACUUCGACGGGCGUCCGCAAAAUCGUGCAGCUCAAGGAGGUCCUGUACUGGCUGUGCAAAUGCGGAGCUUCUCUAGCUGCAAGCACGGCGCCAUCGAGGUGGUUUGCUGCGAACAACAAAGGAAGCACGGCAAGAGAGUCGUCACCCACCAGAUCGAGGAGCUCGUGCUCGCCACUGACGAGGACACCCACAGCGUGCGCCAACGCAUAUGCACUGUGAAUGGACAGCGUUAG